AAAUAGCCGCGCAGUUAAAGUAGAGCGUUUUAUUGUUUUUGGAAUUCGUUUGUGUUAAUAUCUCGUUGCGGUCCUAACGCUGCCAGCAGCAGUCCUAUCGAGAACAAUUAUUACAUCAAACGUAAUUACACACAAAUCCGGCGGUCGUAAAUCGUGUAAAAGAGCCAGUAAACAGUGUGCAUUUGAGUGGAUUUAUUGUGAAAUACUUUUGCGGCCAUUGGUAGAUGCGUUUUGACAAGACCACACAACACCUGCCAUAAUACAUAUGUACACCCAUACAUAAGUUCAUAAUUAACAAAUUGUGAACUGCAACAAAAGCGAAACCAAAGCAAACCCCAAACAUACCAAACAAAAGAAAAACAGCGGGAAAUUCGGUAAAUUGCUGACCAUACUAUUUGGGGGGUGGCCGUUACACAAUCCCCGACAACUGCAACAACAAAUUAGCAGCAGCAGCAGCAACAGAACGAGGUCAUUUUUGUUUGUGCCGCUAGUUUUUCCGAUUUGACGCCAGUCAGCGUCGACGUCGCCCGGAGCAACAGCUGAGAGACACCGAGAGGCCACCAGCAAAUCGUUGGACUUAUUUCCUAUAGGAGCGCACGCGUCAGUGUGUUUUGUUACAUACACCUUUUCCACAUCGCAUUUUGCCGCUUAUAUUAUGGGUCUACUAAGCGAGGGCAGUCCACUCUCCUGGGAGGAGACCAAGGCGCUGGCCGAUCAUGUGCGCGAGCAUGGCGUGAAUCAGUUCAUAAAUCUCUACCAUAGACUAAAGGAUCGCCAGGGCGACAUCCUCAAGUGGGGCGACGAGGUAGAGUACAUUAUUGUGAAGUUCGAUGAGGAGAAGAAAGUGGCCCGCGUGGCGUUGAUCGCCCAGGAUCUGCUGGCGCAGCUGAACGAAAAGGAGAUCGCCGAUCCCAAGGGCGUGAAGUCGCUGUGGCGCCCCGAGUACGGUGCCUACAUGAUCGAGGGUACACCCGGCAAGCCCUUUGGCGGUCUGAUGGCCCACUUCAAUCUGGUGGAGGCCAAUAUGCGAUACCGUCGCGAGGAGGUCACCGAGCUGCUGGCCAAGGACGAGUGCGUUAUGUCGAUCACAAACUUUCCGCGCCUUGGAUCCCCCAACUUUACAUACCCCUUGGCCCAGCCCCGGCCAGAGGAUCCCCUCAGUUCGGCGCGGUCGCUCUACUUUCCGGACGAGGCCAUAUUCCCGGGACAUCCACGCUUCAAGACGCUCACCCGCAACAUUCGCAUGCGGCGCGGCGAGAAGGUCUCCAUCAAGCUGAAGGUGUUCAAGGACGCCAAGACAAAGCUGCCCGUGGAGGGGGCACCACCGGGCGAGCCGGAUGUGGUGCUGCUGGACGCCAUGGGCUUCGGCAUGGGCUGCUGCUGUCUGCAGCUCACCUUUCAGGCCUGCAACAUUACAGAGGCGCGUCGCCUGUACGAUCAGCUGGCGCCCCUGUGCCCCAUCAUGCUGGCAUUGACAGCGGCCAGUCCGAUCUAUCGGGGCUACCUCACAGAGUCAGACUGUCGCUGGAACGUGAUCAGCUCGUCGGUGGAUUGCCGCACCGAGGAGGAGCGCGGCCUCGUGCCGCUCGAGCAUCAAAAGUUCCGCAUUGCCAAGUCGCGCUACGACUCCAUCGACUCGUACCUCUCCCCGGAGGGUGCCAAGUACAACGAUGUGCCCAUAACCUAUGACAAGCAGGUCUACAAUCGUCUGGUCGAGGGCGGAAUCGAUCAUCUGCUGGCCCAGCAUGUGGCCCAUCUCUUCAUACGCGACACGGUGUCGCUGUUCAGCGAGAAGGUUCACCAGAACGACAACGAGGACACCGAUCACUUUGAGAACAUUCAGUCCACCAACUGGCAGACGAUGCGCUUCAAGCCACCGCCUCCGAACAGUUCGAUUGGCUGGCGCGUGGAGUUCCGGCCGUGCGAGGCACAGAUCAGUGACUUCGAGAACGCGGCCAUCGUGUGUUUUGUUGUGCUGCUCACCCGUGUCAUUCUCUCGUAUCAGCUGAACUUCUUGACGCCCAUCAGCAAGGUGGAUGAGAAUAUGCAAACGGCACAGAAGCGCGACGCCUGCCGUGCGGAGAAAUUCUGGUUCCGCAAAUCAUCAAAGACCACCGAACAGAGGGCGGCCCAGGCCCAGGCCCAGGCCAAGGGCAGGGCUGGCCACCUCAAUGGCUGGCAGACAGACGAAGCGUCGGAGAAUGGCAACGGCACGUCCACGAAUGGCAAUGGAAACGGCAACGAAGAUGACAGAGAGGAGGAGCAUUUUAACAAUGGAACUUCUGCGUCACUCAAUGGACAUGGAAAUGGACAUGGACAUGGCUCCAAGGUCACAACCAAUGGCACCACAAAUGGCACAACAAAUGGCAGCUCCACCACCUCCACAAAUGGCGUGGACAGCGAUCACACCGACACGGAUGAUGAGGAGAACGAGCUGUUCCAGCUGCUGACAAUCAAUGAGAUAUUCAACGGAAAGUCCGAUGUGUUCCCUGGUUUGGUGCCGUUGAUCCGCAGCUAUUUGCAGUCCAUGGAGGUGGACACAGACACACAUUGCACCAUCGAACAGUAUCUGCGCUUCAUCGAGAAGCGUGCCGCAGGCGAGCUGAUCACAACGGCCACAUGGAUGCGCCAGCAGGUGCUCAAUCAUCCGGACUACAAGCAAGAUUCAGUGGUGACUGAGGGCAUCAACUAUGACAUGCUGAAGCUCAUCCAGGGCAUUCAGGAGGGCAAGCAUGUGGAGCCGGCAUUGCUCGGCCAGGGUUAUCAUUCCAAGACCAAGACGAAAGAUUUCAUUCCGCCUGCGCUGCAGAAGCAGCUGGCCAAGAAUGGCUGCUGCGAGGACAAUGACAAAUGAUCGAGGGAGCAGCAUCAGAAGCAUCAGCAUAAGCAUAAGCAGCAGCAUCAGAAGCAAAAGCAACGGCGGCGCGCCGAGAACGCUUCAACGACGCAGCGUAGGCCGGCCAGGCGCAUGUGAUUCGAUGGCGUCUUGAGGGUCUGUCUCUGUCGUGUUGGUUCUCUGGAUCGGAUUGUUUUGGUGUCCCAUUUAAACACACACACAACACUUAUCAAUAUUAUUUCUGUAGCAUAAUUUAUCAAUUAACAAUUAGUGUGCACCAAAUGCUAAUUGUGGACAAAUCUUUUGCGGCCAAGCGUGGCCAUCGCCAAGGUAGGGUAGGACAGGGCAGGGCAGGGCAGGGGAUUGGAUGUGACAGAAUGCAAAAGCAAAAGCAGCAGCAAGGUGAAUGCCAAUGAGAAAGUCUCGUGACGGACUAGUAGCCCAUACAAACAAUAGCAACAAUGUUCUCCCUUUUAUCAUGUUUCUUUUUUGUGGCCAUCCCCCAGCAUUCCUCCCUAACUUCCCACUCUAUUCCCAUUAAACGAGUGCAAUAUUAAUAGUGAAAAGAAAAAAGUGAAACAAGAUCAAAACUAAGCGGAGAAAAAAACUUAAACAUAAAUCAAAUCUCAACCGAAGUGCCGUUCCACAAUAAAUCCUCCAACCCGACACACACAUAUGCAAUAAAGCUACAACAAUAAACUCUAACUUAAUGCAAUAAUAAUGAUAAUGAUAAUAGUAAUAACAAAUAGGUAAAAGCAAAGGCCCAGGUUAAAGCAUCUCUUAAAUAUUUUUUGUGUCUGUUUUGUUUCGUUUAUAAAUACAUAUAUAUUUAUUAUUCCUAUUGAUAUCUAAAUGCAAGUACAAUGUAAUGUUGUUUUUUUUUUUUUUAAUAUACACAUACACAAUAUACGAUAUAUAUAAAGAUAUAAACACUAUGCACGUGGCCUGCUGUUAUUAAACUAUUCACUGGAAAACCAACAAACAAACAUACUAAACAUUGAGAACCGAAACGAAACGGUGAAAAUGUGUGAGAAACUUAAACUAUUCUAAUUUUGAUGUGAUUGUUUCGCUAUUAUUAAAACCAUUUGAUUAAUGAUUAUUGCAAUUAUUGUGACCACAAAGCAAGCAAAUAAAAAGGAAACAUUGUUAAAUCUUAACUGUACCGAAGAAAUAAACAAAC